CCUGAGGGACUCUCCUCUCUGUCUCUGUAUCCUGAGGGACUCUCCUCUCUGUCUCUGUAUCCUGAGUGUUUCCUUAUCAUGUCUCUCCUCUCUUUUUCGUCUCCACCCCAGGCCUGGCUGACUGAGAUCCAUGAUUACACCCAGCAGGAUGUGGUCCUGAUGCUGCUGGGAAACAAGGCUGAUGCCACGCAGCAGAGGGUGGUGAAGAGAGAGGAUGGAGAGAGGCUGGCCAAGGAGUUUGGGGUUCCAUACAUGGAGACCAGUGCAAAGUCUGGCCUCAAUGUGGAGUUAGCCUUCACUGCUGUGGCCAAAGAGCUGAAGCACAGGUCUAUGAAGGAGCCCAACGAGCCCAAGUUUACGCUUCAGGACUACGUCAACAAGGAGAUGAAGAGUGCUGGAUGUGCAUGUUAGAUCACUCUCUGUGUGUGUACGUGUGUGCGUGCUAGCUCGUGUCUUGCUCCACGUCAGAUGUAUUACACUCAUAAAAGAUGAUGUUAUAUGAGUACCUGCGGCCUCAGCCUGUGAGAUAGAGAGCCAGUCAUGUGCGAGAUAUACCUACGUCUCUAACCACACAGUUUGCCCUUCCUUUGUCCUCUCUAUGCCCUCUGAAAGAAUCCAUUAUGUCCAUAUUCUAAGGUUAUCUGUGAGGCGUCUCUCUCCUCACCUCUCUUCCGUCUCUCCUCUCCUCACCUCUCUCUUUUCCUCUCCUUUCUCUCUCCUCCUGUUUUCUGGGACCCACUGCUCCACCUCCUUCUGCAUCUGUGAAUGUACUUCAAUGUCCAGCCAUGACUCUUACCCCAUCAGUGCUGUCUGACACUCUUAACUUUACAUCAGUCUGACCAUGUUAACAUGGUCAGACAGUCAUGGUCAGACAGUCCUGGGGUUAACAGGGUCAGACAGUCAUGUUCAGACAGUCAUGGGGUUAACCGCAUGACUGUCUGACCCUGUUAACCCCAUGACUGUCUGACCAUGACUGUCUGACCCUGUUAACCCCAUGACUGUCUGACCCUGUUAACCCUAAGACUGUCUGACCAUGACUGUCUGACCAUGUUAACCAAUGACUGUCUGACCCUGUUAACCCUAUGACUGUCUGACCCUGUUAACCCCAUGACUGUCUGACCAUGUUAACAGGGUCAUACGGUCAUAGGGUUAACAUGGUCAGACAGUCAAGGUGAGACAGUCAUAGGGUUAACAGGGUCA